UACGUACUGAGCCCUAAAACGUAACCUGAUAUCUUUGAUUAGUCCGAACUUUCAGAUAUCUCAAUCAAUUCCUGUCUUAGUCUUGGUAAGAUUCAGCAUUGACAAAUUCUAGAACUUAAAUGCAGAAUCCAGGGCAAUAUGCCGAUACAUCUGUGACAAAUAUGCAACCAAAGGCAAGAUGGGCUUGAUGGGCAAUACAGAGGGUGGACUAAUUCAUCGAGCUUCCAUAGAUCAGUGGCUAGAAACCGAGUCUCAGAGCUUCAACCCUCCGACUUCAACUUUAGUCGCGCAACUAGUUUUCUAUCCUCAAAUGAAGUUGAAACAAGAUGCAGCAGCAAUCAGAGACGCUGAGAGAAAACUGAAGAAAGUACUAGAUGUUUAUGAUCACAGGCUAAGUGAGAGCAGGUUUUUGGCUGGAGAGGAGUUUUCAUUAGCUGAUCUCUCUCAUUUGCCUAAUGCUCAGUAUCUUCUUAACUCCACUGAUCGUAGUCAUCUCUUUACAUCGAAGAAAAAUGUUGGAAGAUGGUGGGAGGAGAUCUCAGGGCGUGCAUCGUGGAAGAAAGUCCUUGAGAUGCAUUAGGUCUUAGACUGCAACUUGAUCUUUGUUGGUAAAGUUUGUAGCUAUGGAUUUUGUAAGAUUUUCUUGAAGCAGAAAAUAUUGUCACUACUGGAAAACUUGGUAUUACCCAAGGAGCUUUACCCA